AUGGCGGUGACAUCAGCAACCACACUUUCGAUCGGGUCUCCCAUCUCCGGCCACCACAUGCAAUCCCGAGCCUUCACCCUUAAGCCCAACUUCCGGCCCAUGUCUUCUCUACAAACCCACAGCCACCUAAACUCACCCUUUCUCGGCAGCAGCAAAACCCUCACUUUCACUUCCUCCCACUCGCCAAACCUCUCGAAACAAACCCAAAAACGGCCUCUCGUUCCCCAAGCUUCCUUCAAUGUGGCCAUUCUUGGCGCGGCCGGUGGGAUCGGCCAGCCGCUGGCCCUCCUCGCCAAGAUGUUCCCGCUCGUCUCCUCCCUCAACCUCUACGACAUAGCCAACGUGAAAGGCGUCGCCGCUGACCUCAGCCACUGCAACACCCCAUCAACCGUCCGAGACUUCACCGGAGCUUCCGAGCUUUCCGACUGCCUGAAAGACGUGAAUGUCGUCGUCAUUCCAGCUGGUGUCCCGCGCAAGCCCGGGAUGACUCGUGACGAUCUCUUCAACAUCAACGCCAACAUCGUCAAGAGCCUCGUCGAGGCCGUGGCCGACACCUGUCCCGACGCGUUCGUCCACGUCAUCAGCAACCCGGUCAACUCGACCGUCCCGAUCGCUGCCGAGGUACUGAAACGAAAGGGCGUUUACGACCCGAAAAGGCUUUUCGGCGUGACGACGCUCGACGUGAUCCGAGCCAACACGUUCGUGGCCGAGAAGAAAAACCUGAAGCUGAUAGAUGUGGACGUGCCGGUAGUCGGUGGGCACGCCGGAAUCACGAUUUUACCCCUGCUGUCGAAAACGAGGCCUUCGACGAGUUUCUCGCCGGAGGAGGCGGCGGAGCUGACGGGGAGGAUACAGAAUGCGGGGACAGAGGUGGUGGAAGCUAAGGCCGGUGCGGGGUCCGCCACGCUGUCGAUGGCUUACGCGGCGGCACGCUUUUUGGAGUCGUCUUUGAGGGCACUCGAUGGGGAUACAGAUGUUUAUGAAUUCGCGUAUGUUGAGUCGAGCUUAGUGCCCGAGCUGCCGUUUUUCGCGUCGAGGGUGAAGAUUGGUAAACAAGGGGUGGAAGGGUUUGUGAAGAAGGAUCUCGAGGGGCUGACCGAGUACGAGAGCAAGGGAUUGGAGGAUCUCAAGCCGGAGCUUAAGGCGAGUAUCGAAAAAGGCGUGGAUUUCGUCAGGAAGCAGCCUGUGGCAGCUUGA